ACAUCACGCGUGGUGCUUACCACUUGGUUAAUUAAUCACAAACCCACCAUCAAAAUUCAACCUUUUUAGAUCCACAAUUACUAAAUUAAUUAAAAACCCCUAUUCAAUAAUUACCAAAAAACUUUCCACUCUCUCCUCCUCUACAUAUAUUCACUCACUCAUCAAAACACCAUCACACUAAUAAACAAUGACAGCCACCACCACCACCACCUUCACCGCCAGGACGAAGGUCCGGCCGCCGGCGGGCUGCGCGAAACUCGACGGCGUCGCCAUGUGGCUCAUCAACGGCUUGACCGGGGCAUUUUUCGCGUCAUUAGAACGAUGCUCUUGCAUUCGCAUUUCCACUUACGAAGACGAUUUUGGAGAUGACGGCGGCGAUAACUUGCCGUUGAUUUUCAGCGAUGGAAAUUACGGAGGCGACGAUCGCGGCGGCGACGGAGGUGUGAGAAGAAGAAGAUUGGGCAAAGGUAAAAAAGCUAAAGCCUUUGCUGAGUAUUAAUUGUUCUUGAUGUAUAGUAAAAUUAAAUUAAAUAUUCUCAAAUUGUAAGAUGGAAUUAAUAUUUUUCCAUUUUUGCCCCUCCUUUUUUUGUUGUUUGUGAAGACGAACUAUAUAUGAUGGUUGUAUGAAUAUAUGAUUGAAUAUUUGCAAGCUAAUUACAGUUUUUAAUUCCACUUGUUUAUUUCU